GAGUCGCAGAUCAUUUGCUGUCCAGAAUUUGUGGUGUUCGUUGUUUUGUGGCGUAAACGUGACCGUUACUGUUACUCCCCCCUCUCCUACCAGUGGUUUUUGUAACAGAUUAAUAAUUGCAACACGCGCGUGCGUUUUUUGGCAGCACAUUAAAUUCCAAUUUCAAGUGGCAAAUUGUGAACUUGAGGCGAGGCUUGUUUUAUUUUUUUUUUUUGCUUGUUUUUAGUGUUUACAAUUCGCGCUUAAUUUUGUCUGUGUGCGUGUAUAUGUGUGAGUGUGUGCGCUCCCACAUUUUUACCUCCGUCUGUUGUCUGUUUGCUUAUGUGCAUUAAAUUUUAUUGUUGAACGGCAACAACAACUGCAAAUGAAACCUGUCGAUGUUGAGAAGGCAAGCACUGCCUCUGCUUCUGCCUCUGCUGCAGUCGCAGUCGCAAACGCAAACGAAGUCGGCGGCAAAUUAAAGGAGAUGACAACUAACGAGAAGCAGAAGCAAGAGAAGCAGCAAGAGAAUCUCGAGUAUCCGAAAGCAGUUGGCUUCAUCAUCAGCAAUGAGUUCUGCGAGCGUUUUAACUACUAUGGCAUGCGAGCGAUUCUCGUGCUGUAUCUGACACAUAAGCUGGGCUACAAUGAGGAGACAUCGACGGUGCUGUUCCACAUAUUCACGAUGCUGGUUUACAUCUUUCCGCUGCUCGGAGCUCUGAUUGCCGAUGGCUGGCUGGGCAAGUACAAGACGAUACUCUAUCUGUCGGUGGUGUACAGCUUGGGUGCCCUCGUGGUGGCCAUUGGCGCCGUGCCCCUUGAGGGGAUGCCAGUGAAAAUUGUGACGAUUGUAGGACUUCUGUGCAUUGCCGUGGGCACGGGAGGCAUCAAGCCAUGUGUCUCGGCCUUUGGCGGCGAUCAAUUUCAGUUGCCGGAGCAGAGCAUGCAGUUGGCCAAGUUCUUUUCGCUCUUCUAUUUCGCCAUCAAUGCUGGCUCGAUGAUCUCGACGACAGUCACGCCAAUUCUGCGAGCGGAUGUCCAUUGCUUUGGCGAAGACGAUUGCUAUUCGCUGGCCUUUGGCGUACCCGCCAUCCUCAUGGUCGUCUCGAUGCUGAUCUUUGUGGCCGGCAAACGUCGCUAUCGCGUCCAGCCGCCGGCGGGCAACAUGAUCUUUGGCGUCUCGCAGUGCAUAACAAGUGCGUACAAGGGAUGGCGAGAGAAUCGCAAGGAAAAGCGGAUGGCGCACUUUUUGGACUAUGCCACGCCCGUAGUUGGCCAGAAGAUGGUGCAUGAGACAAAGUGUCUGGUGAAGAUUCUACUGCUCUAUGUGCCAUUCCCCAUCUUCUGGGCGCUGUCCGAUCAGCAGGGAUCGCGCUGGACAUUCCAGGCCACCCACAUGGACGGCUUUGUCUGGGGCUACGAGAUUAAGCCCGACCAGAUGCAGGUGAUCAAUCCGCUGCUCAUUCUCGCCUUCAUACCGCUUUUCGACUAUGUUGUCUAUCCGCUGCUCGCUCGCAUUGGCAUCCGGCGACCGCUGCAGAAGCUCUCGAUUGGUCUGCUCUUGGCCUCGUUUGGCUUCUUCAUCUCGGCUGCUCUGGAAAUGCGUUUGGAACAACAGUCGCAGUCGCUUAACCCAAAUCUAACUCACCUGCGUCUCUACAACGGCAUGCCGUGUCGCUAUGACUUCAGUAGCGCGUUGUCAUCGGCUGGAGAAGGAGGAGACCUUGAGAGAUUAACAGCUAAGCACAGCAUUGAGCCACUGAGCAUGUGGAACGCACUUGGUCUGCAUGUGCCUCAGCCCACAGAGUUGAAGUUUGUCUUCACAGCGCAGUCGGCGGAGUUGAGUAGCAAGUGCCCCCGUAUUGAGGGGCAAGUUCGACUGGAGCCGGGCAAGUCAGUCAGCUACUUUCUGGCCAAGGAUGCGCUCAAUGAAUUCGCCGAAGAUGUGAGCAACGAUCAACACACAUCCAGAUCACCGCUGAUUCGUACGCUCCUCAACACACCGAUGGACGAGGGUCCAGUGCUUCUCUCGAGGAGCAUUCCCCUGGACACAAGCAACUUGUCCACGCUCCACCAGGUUGCGCUUGGCCAUGGCGAAUUGGAUAUCAACGGGCAGCGGGCAGCAAGCUUCGAGGCCAAAAGCGGUAGGCUUUACAAUCUGCUGGUGCAGGGAAAUGCCGAGGAUGGCUACCAACACAAUCUGCUAGAAGUGAUGCCUACUGAAGGUGGCGCCCCAACACUGUCAAUUCUGUGGCAGCUGCCGCAGAUUAUUGUGAUGACAGCCGCGGAAAUAAUGUUCUCCGUAACUGGACUCGAGUUCUCCUUUACCCAAGCGCCUGUGAGCAUGAAAGCCGUACUGCAAGCCUGUUGGCUGCUCUCGGUGGCCAUUGGCAACAUGAUUGUUGUGGUCAUUGCUGAGGUCAAGUUUGUCGAAUCUCAGUCGGCGGAAUUUGCGCUCUUUGCCACUUUGAUGCUGGUCAAUCUUCUACUAUUUCUGUUCCUCGCUCGCAAUUAUAAGUACACGGACUGCUCGCAGCAGCAAGAAAACGAAACUGAUGUCAAUGAGCAAGAGAAUAAACAUAUUCCGAAACUUGGACGAACAGCUAAAGGUGGAGUCCAUCAUGGCAUUGAUGGUCAAGGGAGCUAUCGCAAUGCCGCCUUCGAUGCUGGUCCUGAACCCUAAGUUGCAAUGCAGUCACAAUUGCGAUUGUAUGUAUACGAAUCUUUUAUUUAUUUUAAAAUCAUUUUUAUUUGUUCAAUUUUUGCUAUUUAAGUUUAUUUUUUAUUUAUGUACAUACAUUUAUUUUGUUUUUUUUUAGUAGUUGUUUUAAGUUCAAUUUGGUUUUAUAUAUUUUUUUAUUUAUGUAAUUAUAUUUGUUAACAUUGUUGUUGUAUCGUUGAAACUAACUUUAUUUUAUUUGAAUGUAACCGUAACACGUUAUACAGUAACGAGGGCUGCACAGCUGCGUUGCCAGCGUUGCCACAUGGCUGCAAUACAUUGUGCAUGUGUUGCCACAUGGCUGCAAUACUUUGUGCAUGUGUUUCCAUGUGGUUGGCAACGCGGCUGAGGCUGAGGCAGUGCUGUGCGAUGUGUUUAGCAACCACUGCGCACGAUCGCCCACUUUGGAAGGCCAUUGCUGCGACUAAUUGCAAAAUAGUUAAAUACUAAAUGUUCAUUAAUGUGAUGGCAUUCUUUUGGGAAGGAGUUUAAGAGAGAGUUUAUCGCAAAUGCGACGCAUUAUGUGUAAAGAGGUUGGCAACUAACUAAACGCAGCUAUUUUCAAUGUGAAAAGAAACAAUUUGGUUAAACAAAGACUAUACACGAAAACUGUAUUUAAUGCAAAUGUGUAUAACUUCUUUACCCAAAAAAUGCAAUGAAUGCAAAUAUGUCAAACUUUGUUCGUGGGAAAACAGCAGCAGAAGUAGAUUUUAUACAAUUUCAACGUUGACGGCAUUGCCAGCAGUAAACGAAGCCGACUGAAGGAACAGCCUGUAGAGCGAAACGAAUGAAUAGCGGAAUUAGGCUCUUGCCUGGCCGUUUUACAGUUAUCAGUGUCAACUUCAGUUUCCGUCUACCUGGAAGUGCAAACAAAAGAAACUGGAAAUAUUCAGAAAGAAAACAGAAAAACAUGCAGCUGCAAUGCAGAAUAAGGAACAAAGAGCCGGCUUAAGGAGACAAAACGAGGCGAAGGGUCGACUCACCCCGUCGUCUACCUGGUCCCUAUUUUGGUCCGGUCUGGGUUCUGUUGCCAAGGAUACUGCGAGGAUAACGAGUCGACAUCGUCGCUCGUCGCACAUCGUCGGUCACAGUCGAUUGAGAACUCUUCAGCCAGCGACACGGCCGCAGCUUCUAAAUUUUCUUUUUAAAAAGUGCAGUUUUUUUGUUAAUAUUUUUUUUGCUUGUGCAGAAAUCAAAAGAAGUUCCAAAAUCUAAUAGUAGUGAAAGCAAAGCAGCCUCAAGUUGCCGAAAAAUUUGUAUAUGCCAAAUCAUCACAUCCCAGUGACUCUCCUUCGGGAAGUUUCCAUUUGCAUCCAUCACUUCCAUAAAUUACUGAUGAUGUUUUCAACCAGAAAUUAAGGCUCCCGCGCCACGUAAGUUGCCCACUGUGUAUGUGUCUGUGUGUGUGUGCCCGGGUUCCAGUUUGUGGCGUCGGCUCAUUGAAGGGGAAACUCUCCCAGGGCGGACGCAGCGGGACGUGGACUUGGACGUGGAUGUCGUAGUUGAGGGCUGAGGAUCAAUCACGAUUGCAUUUCUCAACUGGCCGCCGCCUUAUAGGAAAACGCUUAUGUUGGAGACACUUGCCCCAGAGGUGGACAAAUGAAAAAUGAAACUUAUACUCGCGAUACUUUGUGCUUGCUUUUGGUGCCACCUUCGAAGCAUACACGAGAUGAAGCGUAACAACAUACUUCCCUCGUACGUGGGUGGCAUCACAUGUAAGCGAGAAAGAUAGCAAUAGCGCGCAAUCGGAGAGAGCGUGCGUUCCGCUCUCUCUCUCUCUUUUGCCAACCACACACACAUAUGUCCAUCUCGCUCGGCAAGGGUGUGCGACUCGAGCGGCUAAAGCAGGAUAGCCAUAGAAGCGCGGCCAGCGGGAAAUGCAACAAAACAAAAAAAGAAGAAAAAACAACUCAAUACUGAAGAAAUUGCACGAAAAUGAGCGCAUAAACAACACACACGAAAUAAACGAAAUUAAACGAGACGCACGCUGAACAAGUGUGAAUCUCAAUCGAAAGCGAAUAAAUCGACGGAUCGAGCGAGGGCUCGGCGUCUGAUCCUAGCUCCGCUCUUCCUGCUGCUACAGAUCGCAGAACCAACAUCAGAUACACAACACACACACAAGUUUGUGGUAAUGUCGCUUGUCGCGGAGAGACCUCCCAUAAAUAAUUCCGAGUUUGUCUCGAAUGAAACAACAAUGAAAACAACAUAUUUUCAAUACGAUCUUAAGAUCCUAACUAUCCUUAAUAUAAUAAAGCAACGAAAGUGCCAUAACGAAAUAAAAGUGUCAUCCUAAUCACUCAUUAACUCUCAUCCUAUCCAUUGGCAUAUUCAAAUACCUUUUCCGAUAAUUGAAUUACUCUCUUCGAGUUCUUAGCCUCGGCCGUGUCGCUGCCUCGACUGUCACCUUGAAGAAACCAGCCAAAACCCAAUAAAAAGAUCAAUAAAUUCCAAGAAGAAGAAAUGUGAAAGCCAGAAUCGUAAGAGUGAAGAAAAUGCGUAAAGAGAAAGUCAGAGAUUGCCACAUAUUUCGAGUAUAUUUGGAGAACCCAGACAAAGAAAAACAAAUCCGGAAACUGAAGAAGAAAGGACGAGAAGAAAUGCCACUGCAUGAGUUCUUAUGCGUGUGUACAAGUAAAGGAAACGCUUCCAGAGAUAUUUCAGCAAAAUUUCACAUUUCCCAUUCAAUCACCCCCAAACAAAAAUUUGUGCAGUCAUGAAAUCAGUUGUCGACUUUGAAAUCGCCUUAAAUUCAUAAUCGCACCAUUUUAUUGCCUUAACUCAAAAAGUUGCUUCCAGAGUAGUUCUGAAUUCCCGUUAUUUAAUGCCUUUUAAAAGACUGCAAAUCGGUGAGUUAUUAUUUGCUAACCGAAAUCCUCUUUGGCUGCUUCAGAGAAUUGUGGAGCUGUCUUAAAGUCCCCCAAUAAAUUAAUAAACCCCACUAAAUAAAUAAAUGGUUAACUGUUGUACGUGAUGUGUGCACUUAAUGCAAAAGAAAACAAAACAGAAAACAAUUAAAAAAAAAGAAAAGAAAAAAAUAAAACAAAAAAUAUACAUUAAAAAAAAUUUAAAAAAAAACAAAUGAAAAUAAAUGAAAUUGUUUUCGAAAACGCUUCGUAACCGCAAGUCUGUCACAAUUUUCGAAUUAUGAGCAAAAAAAUACAAGAAAAUUAAAUGCAAACCUGUUGCUCGACAUGUGUCUAGAGUCUGGCAAUUGGUUUGCUAAGUUGAGAUUAUAACAAAUUAAAGCUUGUAAUUAUGAAAAUAUUGCAUAAAUGUUCACACAUCGCGUGACAGUUGAGAAAAACUAAUUAAAAUUGGGGCAAAGAAUGUUCGCAAUUCUCUGUUUCUGAUCAGCGAGGAAAUAUUACAAAACUCCCUUAAAACAAAAAAGAAAAGAAAAAGAAAAGUUUGUCGAUCAGUUGAUUAACCUAUUUCUAUGCUGUGUAUUUCAGAUGAGAGUAAGUCGAAUCGAAUCGAUGACUGCCGAAACUUGGAGCCAAUGGGAACCAAAGUUUUUAGUUACUCGAAUUAUUCAUUUUGUUAUCGUUAUACAACGGCGAUUUCAAAGUACAGUUUUCAAAUCUCAAAAUCAAGUUUUAAACUGCGUGUCCACUAAUUUUUGUUCUCAUCAUCUGGCAUCACAUUUCUUAUCUACUAUUUUUCCCAAUUCAAAUGAAGUGUUUCCUCUUCUGUCUACCGCAUAAGAGCUUUGAUUUGCAAGCUGAUAAAAUUGAAAAGAAACUGACAGCCAUAGGAAAAGCCGAAUCAAAAGACAUUAUUUGAAGAUGAGAUCUAUGAAAAUUAUAUUCUAUUUUCAGCCAAGAAGACGGACGACGAAUUAAUCUGGUUUCUACUUGCAGCUUUUUUUAUUUGUUCUUUGAUUUUGUUUCCACAGAUCAUUCUCAAGCAUAUCCAAAAACAAACUAUCCAGUAUUUUUCAGUUUUGGUUUCUUCAAUUCUAUCCUCAUUGUCACAACUCCCAACAACAAGAUAACGCCUCCCACACUAAAGUCAUUUGGGUCCCAGGACUCACUCAUAGUCCUCAACCUAUUACCAUACAAAAACAUCCUCAAUAUCCAUAGACACAAACACUAAUCUCAAAAAGAAGAGAAAAGAAAAGAAGUAUUUUUGAAUUGCGUAAAAUAUCUUUGAACUGCGCGCGAAGCACUUUCCGUCUGUCGAAUGUGCUUGGCCGCGGUUCGUUUAACGUAAAUAUGAAAUGUUUUAGGAUAAAUGUUUUACGCAAUUCGAAAAGAGUAACGAAAAUAUUAUGCACACAAAGUAUACACAAAAAAAAAAAAAAAAAAAACAAAAAAAAAAAAAAAAAAAAAACAAAAAAAGAAUAUAUUAAAAGAUAUACAAUAAUGUGUGGAAGCGUCAUACGAACUUUCACAAAAGUGCGUUUAAUAAA